AAGCCGGGGUGUGGAAAAUGUGGCGGCCCCGCCCCGUCUCUUGGAACUGCUGCGGCCGCCACCGCUGCCGCCGCUGCAGCUGUACGGGACCGGCGCUGUUACGUAGGCGAAAGCCGCUCUUUCCCUGCUGAAAGUUCCCUCGGAAAAGCUACCAUCUCUUCAGCCCACCAUGGCGGAUGAAAUUGAUUUCACUACUGGAGAUGCCGGGGCUUCCAGUACUUACCCUAUGCAGUGCUCGGCCCUGCGCAAAAACGGCUUCGUGGUGCUCAAAGGACGACCAUGCAAAAUAGUGGAGAUGUCAACUUCCAAAACUGGAAAGCAUGGUCAUGCCAAGGUUCACCUUGUUGGAAUUGAUAUUUUCACGGGCAAAAAAUAUGAAGAUAUUUGCCCUUCUACUCACAACAUGGAUGUUCCAAAUAUUAAGAGAAAUGAUUAUCAACUGAUAUGCAUUCAGGAUGGUUACCUUUCCUUGCUGACAGAAACUGGCGAAGUUCGUGAGGAUCUUAAGCUGCCAGAAGGUGAACUAGGCAAAGAAAUAGAAGGAAAAUACAAUGCAGGUGAAGAUGUUCAGGUGUCUGUCAUGUGUGCAAUGAGUGAAGAAUAUGCUGUAGCCAUAAAGCCCUGCAAAUAAAUGGGAACAUCAGGCAUGAGCCUACUCUUUAGGUCUGGAUCAGCUACAGAUCUAAAGUUUGGUUCUAAGUUGUCACCAAAGCUAUGGCCUUCAUAAGCAACCUCAUUUCUUUUUUAUUUGUUUUGAAAUUGUGCUAAGUUAGUUUUACAGGCAAUUGGUAAUUUAAAAAAUAAUCAAGAUGUUUAAUUUUUUAAAACAGUUUUGUUGGUGUCUUUCCUGUAACUUUCCUGUGGUUUUCAGUAUGUGAGUCCAAGAAACAGAUUAAGAUAGCUUCAGCAGAUGUGAUAUGUCUGAGCAAAUCAUUCCUGAAUUUUAAAUGAUAAAUAAACCAGGGUUUUAAAUCAAACAGUGUAGCAUCCAGUGUUAUUAAAGUGCCACAUUUAAGUUGAAUUGCUCUGUAUUUAUUUCAGACUUAAUACCGGAUAGGUUAGAUUGAAUUAUCACAGUCAGCUGUGUGUGGCAAGCACAAAUCCUUAAAAAUGUUACCAAAAAGUGUCAGUUAGCAGCCAUGUGCAGCCACCUGUAUUACCUCGGUCAUUAUAGUCUUUGCCAAAUUGUUGGAGGACUUAAUAUAUAACCUUACAUAUGGUGAUUUUGGGUAUCUGCUUGUGGUUGA